AUGGCCCCAGCUCUCAUUCCCGACCUUCCGGCGGGAGUGCAGCUGCUCUACCUGGCCGAGGGCGGUGCCAACAUCGUCUAUCGCAUGCUGCUUCCGUCCGUUGACUUGGCGACGUCGUCGGAGAUCAAACACAAUGGAGACGGCACUCCGCGGCAGACGGAAAUCGAAGAUCCUGCCCAGGCGACUCUGCUUGAAGGAAAGUUACUGCGUCUGCGAAAAGACGUCGAAUACGGGAUCCCCUAUCAGCAGACAGCGCGGAACUUCGACAAACACAUCCGUCCGCUUUUCAAACCGGAAGAGUUGGUCGAUCAGAGGCUCGUGAGAUUGCCAGCAGGACUGGUUCAUCGCUGCAACGAGCAGCUGCGUGCCAGCGAGAGGAAGGGGAAACGCCCGGCCAAGCGCCAUGGCGUUUACUUGUCCACAGCGGAGCAUUUUGGUCUGCUUGUCACCGAUAUGACGGAUGCAAAUGACCUGGAAACAACGGUGGCCGAAUUGAAGCCAAAGUGGCUGCUACAGUCCCCUUCUGCUCCUCCCAACGCCAAACGGUGCCGCACCUGCGCGCUGCGGGAGAUGAAGAACCACGAAGCCCGCCAGGCGGGUCUCAAAGAAGAGCAGUCUUUUUGUCCCCUGGACCUGGUCUCGGACAAGCGGGAAGACGUGCUGCGGGCAGUCCGGUUUAUCAAGGGGUGUUCUGAUCAGCACCGUCUUGCCAAGGUUCUCUACCAGAACAGGACCCUGUUAAAGCUCCGCGACUAUCAGAGAAAAAUGAAUGAUGUGGGACGUGCCAGACAUCCAGCACACUCGAGCGAGAUGUCGCUCGCGAUGACGUUGAGAGACUGUACAAUGUUCAUCAAGGUGGGACAGAUGAUUCUCUUCUCUCUCCGACGGCAUGCCGCUAACAGAACUCAGAUGCCCUCUGAUGACAAAAGACCCAUCGAAGUGCGCCUGGGUGACCUUGAUCUGAAGACGGCAGCCGGGGGCAAGGCCGAGUACUGGCUCGAUAUUGAGAACCGGCUCAUCGAGGGGGGAUGGUAUGCAGGAGAGGGGCCAUGUCAAGGGCAUAGCGAAUGCGCAUUGCAGGGAGCGCGGCGAGAAGUUCCUCGUCUGAUGCAAUAG